AACCUGACCAGUGGGUGUGGCAGUUUAUGGAAAAUGGCUAGCUGGGGAAGGGCUGCUGGAGUUUUGAGAAACUUUUUGACUAGACCUUGGUCGUACAGAGCGCUGCAUCGUACCUUGGGACCUGGCAUUUUGGGGUCUCUCGUUGGAGGCGGACUGAUAUAUUAUCACUAUGAACGGAGUAAAAGGUUUUUUCCCUUCACCGUUCAUGCCGAGGAAGAAAAGUUGCUUCCAGUGUUCCAGCUGUCUGCCAGACGGCUGUGCUUCAACCAGUUUGCUUCCAUGACGUACAAUAAGGAACUCUACAUGACACCAAGGGAUUUCCUCUUCUCAAUCAUGUUGGAGAAUGUCGACCGUAAAUUACCAAAGAAAGCUCUAACCAAAAAGGAGGUGGAUAAGAUGCUGGAUGCUGCCUCACGGGUCCAGGCAGGUAACAGUCUGUUCAGACACUUCGGAGACGAUGGUCUGAUAUCCUACACAGAGUACCUGUUCCUGUUGACUAUUCUGACCAAGCCACACACAGGAUUUCAUAUAGCUUUCAAAAUGCUUGAUAUUGAUGGCAAUGAGCAUGUGGACAGAAAGGAGUUUCUCAAGCUCAAGAAAAUCAUUGGGAAAAGAAAAGAGACCGUGCCUAAGGAAGGUGCCACAGAUGUGAAACCAGUCGCAGAGGGGGAUGAUGUGAACACUACACUGCAGGCCUUCUUCUUUGGCAGGAAUGGUGAAAACAAGCUUCAGUACAAGGGAUUUUGCAGGUUCAUGGAGGACCUGCAGGCAGAGGUGCAGGAGAUGGAGUUCCUGCAGUUCUCCAAAGGUAUGGACACCAUGCGGCGGGAGGACUUUGCCGAGUGGCUGCUGCACUACACCAACGAGGAAGCCAACGAGGCCUACUGGGAGAACAUGAGGAAGAGGAUCCCUGCGGGCCAGAGCAUCACAUUUGACGAGUUCAAAGCGUUCUGCCUCUUCACCAACAACCUGGAGGACUUUGCCUUCUCUGUGAAAAUGAUAAGUGAAGCCAACCGACCUAUCGGAAUGGUCCAAUUUAGGCGAGCUGUGAAGAUUGCCACAGGGCACGACCUCUCUGAGAACGUGCUAGACACUGUGUUCAAGAUCUUUGACCUGGACGGCGAUAACUGUCUGAGCCACAAGGAGUUUAUCGGAGUGAUGGAAGACAGAGUACUGCGCGGCUUGAAGGUGCAGCCCCAGCGUGGCAUCACAAAUUACUGGAAGUGUGUGAAGAGGGAGACCCUAAAGGGGGCCCAAGAGGCCCUCCGGGACACCGGAAGCCCUUUUGAGGGGCUAGGCCAUUGGAUGGAGAAGCGUCUUACGAGUGUUCACUGGGUGACUCCAAUGUAAAGCAUUGAUGGCUGACCACUAGUUGACCAUUAUCACUGGAUAUUUGUUAAUGUAAUAUAAACAUGGUCCUAAUGAACUAAAUCAAUGUUUUUUUAGGAUUUUUGUUUGCGAAAAUAUAAUUGCAAUAUACAGCACAUAAUCUAUAGGUGAGGUUUAUUCUAAUAUAAAUGGGUUGUUGUGAUGCUUGAUACCAGUCUAUGCAUACAAGGCAUAUAAAUGUGAGAUCUUUUUACAUUUUAUUUUGAAAGUGUCUUGGCACUUUUUACCCUAUUUCCCUCAAAUGCAAGUGAUUUGUUUACAGGCAGACAUGGUGUACUGUGGUAUCAUUUGAAAGUUAUAAACUGUUGAGUCAUAUAGGUGGAAAGAGUCAUGUUUGAAAUAUGUUUGUCUUAAACACUUUGCUAAGUACAGUUGUGUUGUAAUAUAUUGGCACCCUUGCACAAUUCAUUUUGAUUUCUUCAAUAAAUUGACAUUUAAACUUUUAGUUCACCCAUGUAUUUAAGAACUGCGCAGGAUCAAAAACAAAAUCUGAAAUUAAGAUUGUUCACUACAAAGUCAAAAUGGUGUGGACAAAAUAAUUCAGAAUUCCAAUGAAUUUGGUUGAAGGAAGGAGAUUCUUGUUUACGAUGUGAUUUUUCACCUGUGGUAAGUUGCAUGUGCUUACAGGGUACAAAGCUAUUCAAUAUGUUUUGAAAACAACAUUCUGCUCCAUUUCAUUCCAUUGUAAAGUGCAAGGGUGCCAAUCUAUUAGAUCAUAGCUGUGUACUUUUUUUUGUGUGUAGAUUAAAUACAUUUAGAAUUGCUGCAUUGCUCCUGGAAUGUGCAUUUGGGAAAGAUUCAGACCCCUUGACUUGUUCUACAUUUUGUUACGUUACAGCCUUAUACUAAAAUGGAUUAAAUACUUUUAAUUAAUCUACACAUACCCCAUAAUGAGCUAAAACUUUUUUUUAAGCAAAUUUCUUUAAAAAAUAACACCUUAUUUACAAAAGUAUUCAGACUUGAAAUUGAGUUUAGGUGCAUCCUCGAUGUUUCUACAACUUGAUUGGAGUCCACCUGUGGUAAAUUCAAUUGAAGGACAUGAUUUGGAAAGGCACACACCUGUCUAUAUAAGGUCCCACAAUUGUCCGAGUAAAAACCAAGCCAUUCGGUCUAAGGAAUUGUCUAGAGCUCUGAGACAGGAUGGUGUCCGAGGCACAGAUCUGGGGAAGGGCACCAAAUAAAUUCUGCAGCAUGGAAGGUCCUUAAGAACACAGUGGCCUCCAUUCUUAAAUGGAAGCCGUUUGGAGCCACCGUGACUCUUCCUGGAGCUGGCCAAACUGAGCAAUUGGGGGUGAAGGGCCUUGGGCAGGGAGGAAGAACCUGAUGGUCACUGACAGAGUGUAGAGUUCCUCUGUGGACAUGGGAGAACCUUCCAGAAGUACAACCAUCACUGCAGCACUCCACCAUUCAGCCCUUUAUGGUAGCGUUGCCAGAUAGAUGCCACUCCUCAGUAAAAGGCACAUGACAGCCUGGUUGGGGUUUGCCAAAAGGCACCCAAAAGACUGACCAUGAGAAUCAAGAUUCUCUGAUCUGAUGAAACCAAGAUUAAACUAUUUGGCCUAAAUGCCAAGCAUCACAUCUGGAGGAAACCUGGCACCAUCCCUACAGUGAAGCAUAGUGGUGGCAGCAUCAUGCUGUGGGGAUGUUUUUUUUACAGACUGGGAGACUAGUCAGGUUGGAGGGAAAGAUCCUUGAUAAAAACCUGCUCCAGAAAGCUCAGAACCUCAGACUAGGUCGACAGUUUACUUUCCAUCAGGACAACAACCCUAAGCACACAGCCAAGAAAACACAGGAGUGGUUUCGGGACAAGUCUCAAUGUACCUGAGUGGCCCAGCCAGAGCCCAGACUUGAACCAGAUCGAACAUCUCUGGAGACCUGAAAGCAGAGAUGCUCCCCGUCCAACCUGAGAUUGGGAGGAUCUGCAAAGAAUGGCAGAAACUCCCCAAAUACAGGUGUGCUAAGUUUGUGUCAUACCCAAGAAGACUGAAGGCUGUAAUCACUGACAAAGGUGCUUCAACAAAGUACUGAGUUGGGGGACUGAAUACGUAUUUAAAUGUGAUUUUAUUUUAUUGCUAAAACUUCUAAAAAACAGUUUUUGCUUUGUCAUUAUGGGGUAUUGAGGGAAACAAACUGUUUCAUCCAUUUUAGAAUAAGGCUGUAACUUAACAUUUGGAAAAAGUAAAAUGGUCUGAAUACUUUCCGAAUGCGCUGUAAAUGUAAACAAAGCGUAUCAUUUUUUUAAUUUUAUUUUACCUUUAUUUAACUAGGCAAGUCAGUUAAGAACAAAUUCUUAUUUUCAAUGACAGCCGAGGAACAGUGGGUUAACUACCUGUUCAGGGGCAGAACGACCUUGUCAGCUCGAGGGUUUGAACUGGCAACCUUCCGGUUACUAGUCCAACGCUCUAACCACUAGGCUACCCUGCCGCCCCAAGUUGGUAGAACUGCAAUUGCACCACCAAAAAGGGAGCAAGAAAAAAAAACAAGUGCAAUUAAUAUUCUGUAAUUUAUUAUAGAGUUGACCCCAUUCGAUCACAUUUGAGUACGUGGGCUAACCAUUGAAGCAUGUUGCUAAUUAUCUAACCGUACAUAUAUUUGGGAGGAUUUCAGGAAAAGUCAAUUAGACAGACAAACAACCAGCUUACUUUUGUGGUAGAUGAAACAGAGUGACUGAUGCCAGAGGUUAUCAGCGUGUACAGCAUACAUAGAUACAAUACAAUAAAAUUACAGCGCACAAAGCAGUCUUUGGUCUUACCACUAUAAACUCAUACAUAUAAAUGUGUAUUGUAUCAAAAGUAGAAAUUACAUAGUCGUUGAAAGUAAAUUCACAUUUUUGACAUACAAUAUGUAAUAAAGGAGCAUACAUGGAGACAUUGUAUGUGUUAAUAAAAUGUUGAAACCAUGGCUUUAAGGA